GCCCGAGUGCGAGCUGCGGCUGCGUCGCGGGGCUGCUGGCGCUGACCCGGGAGAGCAGGCUGCUGGGUCGGGGUCGGGGAGGCGCGACGCCCUGGCCCAAGCAGCACGAUCAAGGUGCACGUGGCCAAUGUCACGCGCUGGAGCGCCAGCUGGCGCGGCGCCUUGGCAGCGCAGGCCGACGUGUGGUGCGUGCAGGAGGCCCGCGUUCCAAAGCUGGAGGCGGCUGCGGCGAUGGCUGCAGCGCGGGCUCGCGGGAUGCGGUUGCACUUGGGUCCGGAGCUGGAAGGCGAGCAUCUUCUGGCGGCCGCGCACGCGCCUGGGACGUGCUCAGCCCAGGCCGAGGCCAUGUGUGGCCUCUCUGGCCGGCACCCGGGCCGCCUCCAGCACGUGGCGGUGCACCUGGGCGGGAGUCGCGCCGUCCACCUCCUGAACGUUUACGUGUGCGCUGGGGGGCGGAUCGACCCGGAGCGCAACGCCGACCUGAUCCUGGAGGGCCUCGAGUGGAUCCGGGGCCUGGGCGGCGCGCCCGCCCUCCUGGUAGGCGACUUGAACUGCAACGUCGCCGACUCGGGCCUGGAGGGCUUGCUGGGCCUGGCCGGCUGGCGUGAUGUCCUGGCGGCGGCUGGCCCCACCUGCAUCCCCUCCGAUGGGGCCCCAUCGAGGCAGGACUAUGCGCUGGUCAAUCCGGAGGCGCUGGGGCUCAUCGAGCGGGUUGGCAUCAGGUGGGACCUCGGGUUUGCCACCCGCGCGGCCCUCUGGGUGGAGCUGCGCCCGUCGGCCCCGGAGCGGGCCCUCAUGCCCUGAGGUCUGAAAGGAACAAAUUUUGGGAACAUCAUUAAGUUCCCAAAUGUUUGUCCCCGAUGCUACAGAUGCACAAUAACAUGAUGUUUUGACACCUGC